AUGUUCCGAAUCGCCUCUGGCCUUCGUUCAGUUCGUCUUGUAACCAGCCAUUUACGAUUCCUCAGUGCUGCUCAGCCAGAACAAGCUCAGAAAGUUAGUAAAGAGGUAAAGUUUAGCAAAAGGAUUAUUUUUAAUUUUUAGGCAUUAGUGAAACUUCGACAAAAAACGGGUUACAGCUAUGUCAACUGCCGGAAAGCUCUUCUAAAGUAUGGUGAAGACAAUGAGGUUGAAGCUAUUCAGUGGCUGAAAGAGUUGGCCGCGAAAGAAGGAUGGGCCAAAGCAACGAAGUAAGUUGUUUUUCAUGAAUUAAAGUCGUUUAGAUUGAGCAAAAGAGUUGCCUCUCAAGGUUUUGUUGGUUUCAAGUCCAAACAAAAUGUGGCUGCCAUAGUAGAAUUAAAUUGUGAGACCGAUUUUGUUGCCAGAAGCGAUGAAUUCAAGAAAUUGGUAAGUCUGGUUAUGUUUUACAAUUAUUCUUUAGGUUUGCGAAAUUACAGAGUCAGUUUUAAAAGCGGGGGAAGAGAUUGCUGAGGAGAAAUCUCCAAAGGAAGAUAAAGAAAUCGUUGUAAUCCCUGUGGAUGAGAAUUUAUUGCGAACAGAAGGUAACAAAACUGUCAAGGAAGCAAUUGCAAUGCUGAUUGGCAAGCUAGGAGAGAACAUUACACUGAAGAAAGCUGAAAUUCUUGUGGCAAAGAAGGGUCUUGACAUCUACGGUCAUGUUCAUCCAAAUGGUAAGUCAGCCUUAAAUUUUUUUUGCAACUGUACUUUGGUACGCCGUACUAUCAGCUUUCACUCUAUUAAUGUUUUUUGAUUAACGCACUGAAGCUUAGACUCAAAUACAUUGUUUUUAUGAGUUUUUUUUAGUUGACUCGAGCGGUGUUAAGAUUGGUCAAUUUGUAUCUGUGUUAACCCUUGGUAGAGAUCAAUCUUCUUCUUUGCCAACUGAUGUCUUGGCCAAUCAAAUCUGCCAACAUAUUAUUGGAAUGAAACCGACGGCUUUGGGAGUGCCGGCAGAUGAGAAUACUCAAAAAAGAACGGAAGAAUUGGUAAAAAGAGAAGCCGAACAUGUUGGAGAAGACGAUGAAUUGAAUUCAUUCCAGGAAGUUCAGGUAAGCCUUUGAAAUUUAUUUGUUUGUAAAAUUUGUUAAUGCAUAAAAUGCCGUUAAUUUUCGUACGGGUUGUUUGCAAUCUAUAAAAAACAUUAAAACGACCUAUUCCGCGAGAUAAAUAACGUUAUUUGUAACAUCAAUAGCCGAUGAUGUUGACCAUAACGCCUCGUGUUUACCCGAAUCUUUUAUUGGUACUUAUGAUUCAUUUAUAAAGUUUCGUUUUGCAGAGUCCAUACAUCGAUGAAGAUGAGACUCAAUUACUCCGCCAGGCUUUUCUUCUCCAUCCCCAGCAGACGGUCCAUGAAUAUCUUAAAGGACAUUCAGCUUACGUCCACUGGUUUGUGCGAGCUCAAGUUGGUGGAGAACAAUGA